AUGGAGACCCCUGCAGCUGCGAACGGAGGCCACAACAGCUCAUCAGAGACAUGUCAGCGGGAAGAGGUGAACACACCCAGGGCACCUACCGGACAGGUGAGGGAUGACCCGGGGCCUAACGCUGUGGACACGUGUCUCCAGAGGGACCGUUGCUCACGUCUCACAACAAACAUAUCGAUCGUGUUUACAUUAAUGGCCGUGUGGAGAGCAGAGAAGGAGAGGCCGGCCCAGCUCCACUGCAGUCCCAGGAUCAUGCACGCUAAUCCCCAGACUGAGCCUUCCACCCACCGCCUCCCUGUUCCCAUCCAGAGGCGCCCGGUGAUGGAACUGCCCCGGGACCCCGCACCCAUCACCUCUGCCCCGACAGCGGUGGGAAACAAAGCCACGUGUGAAGCAUGUGAGGAUGCGGGGAGAUAA